AAAUGCCUUGUUUCUCUCGUAGGUCCAUUCAAAGGGUACAUCCUUUUUUGUGAGGUCGUUGAGAGGUCAGGCUAUGGUAGCGAAGUCUCCGAUGAAUCUCCGAUAGAAGUUUCCAAAACCGAGGAAGGAUUGUACUUCUUUCAGGUUCUUCGGGGUUGGCCAGGCGGCGAUUCCCUCGACCUUUACCGGGUCCAUAGAUAUGUGAUCCGCAGAGAUAAUAAACCCAAGGUAUUCGACUGUGUCCGCUUCAAAGGUGCAUUUGGAAGGUUUCAGGAAUAA